AUGGACUUUGAGAUAAGGAGUGCAGGUGUGGAACAAAAGUUUUUCAUGAAAAGAGGCCAAGAAGAUAAGAGUGCAAGGCCGUCCAGAAAAAAGCAGAGACUUAAAAACGUCGUCGUCGUCGCAGUGGUCGGUGAAGAUGGCUGGCACGUGCUCCACCGUCGAGCCUGUGGGCGCCGGAGAUCGCAGUACGAGCAGCCUCAAGAGGGCUCCAACAACAACAGCGGCAAUAACACCAUCGCCGGCAAGGAUGACGUGGCCGGUUACGCCUCCGAGAACGACGUAGUUCACAAUUCUGCCGGAAAUCGCGAGCGCGAACGCAAGCGAGGGGUUCCAUGGACGGAGGAAGAGCACAAGCUAUUCCUGCUAGGGUUGCAGAAAGUGGGGAAGGGCGAUUGGAGAGGGAUCUCUAGAAACUUCGUGAAGACUCGCACACCCACUCAGGUCGCCAGCCACGCUCAGAAAUACUUUCUGCGCCGAAGCAACCACAAUCGCCGCCGCCGCAGAUCUAGCCUCUUCGAUAUCACAACAGAUACGGUCACUACAACUCCAAUGGAUGAAGAGCAAGUACAUCAUCAAAAUAACACAUCUCAAUCACAUCCAUUGCCACCUCCACCACCAUCUGAGGCUUGCAAUCCUAGUGGAUUUUCGAUGGUGCCAAAUUUUCCAUUGACUGUAGGCCCAGCUGUCUUGCCAGUUCCCAUUGAGAAUCCAAUGGGAAAUCUAACCUUGGGACAGGCAAAUCUUGAGAAUAAUGCUUCAGCUAAGCUUGUCCGUCCAAUUGCCCUUCAUUCGGCCCCUCAUGCUACAGCAAUGUCUGAUCUAAACUUGAAGUCGACAAUGGACACGUCGACUCUAACUCUCAACCUCUCCUUGUCAAUGGACCCGAGGGAAUCGUCAUCAAGGCAUUCGGCUUUCCAGGCAAUGACAAGCUUCAGCAAUGGGGAUAGCAUUAUUAGUGUUGCUUGAGAGUGUGCUGAUUUAUGGAAAUGGUUUAUAAUUAGAGCAAAUGGGUGAGAUAAAGUGACCCCAAAUCCCAAAUUUGACAAUGGAUUAGAGAGGGCAAGGUAAUUAGGUGACUGAAUUUGUUCCUUUUAGUUUGUUGUACAGAACCCCCCCAAGAUAAUGUAAUGUCCUGUUCUUGUUGUUCUGUGGUAUUAUCUCACAGAUUCUCCUUGUUUUUUCAUUUGGCUUUUUUUGUUAGCAGCUGAUAUAACUGGAAAAUAACUGGUACAGUCUACAGUGUUUUGAUUGCUGAUUGCGGUCCCCUGGUGGGCCUGGUCCUGAACUCAUAAGUGGUUUACAUGUCUUUGUGAGGAAACAAAUAUCAAGUUGGGUUUUGGUGGGGAAACAUUUUCUUGCCCUUUCUUUAUUCUGGACGGACAAAAUUAAUUGUGUGAUUGAUUGUGGAUUGAAA